CAUCGAGAGAACUAGACUUAAUUCUUACAUUAGCCUAAGGUAGUUAAAAUGACACUCCAAAUAUUUAAAUUUUUCGUAGUAGCUUUUGAGACACAAAAGGAGCAUUGUAGGUACCCCUAUACUACGACGCAAAAACUGUUAACACUCCAUAUUUGUUUUCACAGGUCGUUAAAUCCAUGGAAUAAAACAAUAUAGCAAAUAAUAUAUAUAACAAUAUACAUAUACAGUAAUGAAUUAACCAGUGAUACUAAGAGGAAUGGGUUAGAGAGAAAGUAUAUUUCUAUAGAAUGGCGUGUAAUAAACGGACCACUUAAAACGUCAAUGUAGACGAAAUUAUACACACCUUAGAACCACACAGACGUCUAGACCACCCUUUUAUGAAUAAUUAAUGUUUUAUGAUGAAUUUUCUCCUUUUUUUUAUUUUUAUUUUCAAAAAAAAAAGAAAAAUUUUCCUUCGGUAUUCUCUUUGUUGAAAAAUGUUAUUUUACCAGCUUUAAGAAGGUAAUUAAUACCUCUAAAAAAAUUCAAAGCUAGCUUUGACCGGCUUUUUGUGCACUAAGUUUGUAUUUGUUUUAUUAAAAAACUUGAGUUAAAAGCAAGGUAAGUUUUUAUAUCGAAUAAAUAUGGAUAUCCAAUAUAUGUAGAAAAAUUUUCUGUCAUUUUCAGUUAUAUUUAGAUACUUAGUAUUAUAUUUAAGAUGAUUUAAGAUUUGUUUUUGUCAUUAGUGAUCAUAAACGUAUUCACUGCCACUAGCUCGACUUCUGUCUAAGCCAUUGAAGUCGAAAACCAACCUCUGAAGUAGCCCCUUUAAAUACUUAGCUGUCAAUUACUUAUUUUUGAAACCCUGAUAUUUUACUUGGCGCAGUGAUUUAAAAUGGAACAGGACUUUUUACUAAAUCAUAAUAUGUUUCAUUUUGUAGGUAAGCAUGGUCACCACCUAAAUCUAAUACAAAAAUUAAUAGAGGCUUUGGAAGAAAACACUUGUUUGACGUUUAGACACAGAGUGGGAAGUGAUGAAACAUAUUUGGAAAUAUGGGGUUAUACCUAUAACGGAUGUUCCAUCAGAAAAAAAAACGAUCAAGUAAAAGUAAAAGACUGGCCGCUACCAAAAUCCACGGAACAGUUAUUGCAAAUUGCAGUAAUAAUGAUGGCUAAGUGUCUUGGUAUUGUGCUACCAACGUCAAGGGUUGACAGGGACAAAUAUGUGGAUAUCGAUAUGGCAAAUGUUAUUCUUGAAUACAAAGCAGGUACAGACUAGUUUGUGCAAAACAUACUGUUUCAUACGUUAAAAACAACAGCAGAUAUUUUUAAACA